AUGUCCUCUCUGUGGGGGCGCAAACACUCAGUGAGCGAAGGACCCUCCAACCAUGAUGGAGAACACCACGAUGCGCCAGAGCGAACCGAAGAACCUACUGAACGCACAAGGCUACUCCCUAGAGAUAACCAUGGAUAUUUGAGUCCUGAUGAUCCCGCAGUAUCGCCCUACAACCUAUGGAGUGUCCGCGCUCUGCGCGCUGUCUCCCUCUUAGCACUGGGACUUAGUUUCAUCUGGUGGACUUUGCUCUUAGUAUCUAUCUUUGUCAGUCCGCCGGUGAUUCACCCGCGAGGAUCGGGUUUCUUCGCGUUUUCAUAUACGACGCUAGCGACUGGAUACUUAGUCCUGGGGUUGCUAUUCUUCGCGGUACCCUCCAAGCCGAUGACCAUCUGGGGGAUCUUUAUCGUCGUGCUUCUUCUGGUGGAUACGUGCAUUAUUCUGGGCGUGGCGCGGAUCCGUCUUGAAGAAGGCUGGGUUGGAAUUGCCUCUGUCGUCUGGGUGGCUAUCAUCUCUAUCUGGCAAGUUCUUUUGAAUCGUGCUGUCGCUUGGGGGAAGAAGGAAGAGGAGGAGCGUUUGACUGGUCGGGAGGAGACUCGUCGCUCACUUUUGGAGUGGAUGGCUGUCCUUGCUGAGACGGUAUUGCUUGUUGUCCUGGCUAUCGCUGUCGUUUUAUUCACGUCUACGCUUAUCAUUCGUGCGCGUGACGUUUCUGUGCCUCCGCCAGGUGAGCGAUUUCUAGUUCAUGGUGAUUUAUACCAAGUGCAUCUUGCCUGUGUUGGAGACAAGGCUGCCGAUGACAACUCGUCGACAAUUCUCCUCGAAGGUGGCACUGGACCCGUCGAACAUACACUGCAGCCAUUCAUGGACGAUUUGUACCGCCGUGGCUCUAUUGACCGGUAUUGUUACUGGGAUAGACCAGGAUUCGGAUGGUCCGACAAUGCACCCUCUCCACAUUCAGCAGGGAUGUCGGCAGAUGUGCUAGCAGAGGCACUGGCUCUCGCAGACGAGACUGGUCCCUGGGUAGUUGUCUCCGCGGGUGUUGGAAGCCUCUAUUCCAGGCUGUUUGCCAGUCGUCACCUGCUUGAAGUCCGCGGUAUCUUCAUGAUUGACCCGCUUCACGAAGAAUACUUGAGUGACCUCGGGAAACCAGGCCGUGGCUUUGUGCUCUGGUUCCGUGGUAUUCUGUCUCCGCUUGGACUGGACCGACUUGCUGGAGCCUUGUUCCGGGGUCGUACUCGUCAGGACCGAAUUGCAGGACGUUCGGCGUAUCAGUCUGGCAAGUUCAUCAAGGCAAAACUGCAAGAGAAUCUCGUUGCAGUUACUAUGACUGCCGCUGAGGUGCAGUCUGCUCGUCAUGUUCAGAUGGGACAUGUUCCGGUUGUCGUUGUGAGCUCUGGUCAAGAGGUUCGCAAGGAUUCCCGUUGGGCAGAUCGACAGGAGGAUCUGUCUCAUAUCACAGAUAAUCUCUAUUCCUGGGAUGUUGUCUCCGAUGCGCCACACGAAGUAUGGAUGAAUGGUGAAGGGCGGGUGAUGAUCGAGAAGCGGUUGAAGGAACUUGUUGAAGCAGGGCAGUAG